AGCGACGUCGCGCCUCAAAUCCACCUCUCCAGUCGAGGAGUCGCCGUGACAGGAGCCGCAGGACAGCAGCAACUGCUGAGAGGCCCAGGCCGAGGGAGACACCAUCAGAGACAUCCCCCAGACGCAGCCGCACCCGCCAGCGACGUCGCGCCUCAAAUCCACCUGUCCGGUCGAGGAGUCGCCGUGACAGGAGCCGCAGCACAGCAGCAACUGCUGAGAGGCCCAGGCGUAGGGUGACAUUGCCGGGGACAUCCACCAGGAGCAACCGCUCCCGCCAGCGACGUCAGGCCUCAACUCAGGCCUCGAAAAUCAGCAUGUAGCGUCAUCUUUUCUUUCUAGUCCGUCUGUUCUCUGCCGUAAGUGAAGGUGAGGAAGCUCAAUACAGGGACCUUGAGAUUUGCAGGUCUCUGAGAAAAGUGUAUUAACUCUUGACAUUGCUAUUGGCAGGAAUCUGUGCUAAAUACCUGAUUGCUGUGUUGCCACCUAUUAAGUGAAAAGUCACUUAAGGGGGUGGCUAAUUAAAAAGGACACUUGUUCCUGCCUUUAGACUCAAACCUCAGAUGUUUCCCCACUGCUUACCCUUGAAAGUGAACCACUCCUUAGUGGGCUUGGAUACGUUUAGGGAGACAGAAGAGCAAGGUGGCUCUUAGGGAAGCUGUCUUUGGAAAGGACAUGUGCUGUGUUGCUAUCCUUAAGCAAUCUGAUUUCAGGAAAGCCAAAAGGAAGAAGAAAGAAGAGAGUGAGACACUGCCUCAAGUGUCUGAAGACAUCGAUUACGACAUUGCUGCUGAUUUAAAAGACUUGUUUGGACCUUCAAAGAACAAACCAGAAAACGCUGAGGACAUACCCUUGGGACAAAGAGGAUGCGCAGGACUCUGUCCCAGCUGACCAUCUGGGACCUUUGCCUGCGAACGACGUAGCUCAGGAGUCGAGUGCUUUCACUUUUCCUUCUUUGGAGACACACAGGAGUCGGGCAUGAAAGAAGAGCCUUACAUACUUGGACCAAUAAAACCGGUGAAAGUCACAUGGCAAGAGGAUCCACGUUUCCAAGACAGCAGUUCUGAGAGUGAUGAUGAGCCUGAACCAUCAGAAAUUGGAAAGGACCAAGAAAUGCAAGUUCCAUUUGUAUUUGUUCUCUCCUUGGUUGUCGUAGUUGGAUGCUGUGGGCAUAUUAAGAGCAGCACUCAGGAAACGGGAAACGGACAUUGCACACCUCUGAGCAGUGAAAGUCAUCUUGGAAAACCGUCUGUGCUGCACCGAGUCAAAACUCCCAGCAGCCCAUUUGAUGUGAAGCUGAAUAUGAAGAGAGAGAAGUUGAGCACAAGAAAUUAACUGGGUCGUUUUGGUUUGACCAAACCCAAACUGAGUUUGGCCAAAAGCCAAAGACACAGUCAGUUUUCUUUUAAAAAGUGGGGUUUUUAUAGAAGGCUCUGUUUGGUUACUGUGGAGUAAAGCUCUUCAAUGUUUACCAUUUCUCUGAAGCGCUGCAGCUCUAACUCGUGUUCAUGGAAUUUGAUAGUGCCUUUUAGGAUGCUAAAAUCCCUUUGUACUUGUCUAGGUUUCUUUCUUUACCACACACGGAAAGUGCUAGAGUCUUCUUCUUCUCCAAAGAUGAUGAACGCCUAAGAGAGGGCCCAAAGUUAUUUUGUAGAUCAGUAGAGCUCAGUGAAGAAAAAGAGGGUUGGGAAGACAGACGUAGAUUAUUGCUUGAGGUGAGUAUGAAACGUCUGUUCCCUGGUAACUGUGGCUGAAAGCUGAGCACGAGGAGGGAAGAGGGCUAUGAAUCUGCAUGAGAAAUUAAUUCAGGACCUCAACAAGAGCCUGAAACUUUGUAAUUACCAGAGAACAAAAGUGGUUUAGUAUACUGGUGUGUAUAACAUCAGGUUGUGAUGUCACUCAGGUAAACCACUAAAUCUCUGCACGUUACGGGACAGGACCAGAGACUUAACUGUACAUAGAGAAAGUGUUCAAGAGAAACAGUGAGUUCAGAGACUUCUCCUAAUAGUGGAUUCAGAAACUUCUCCUAAUAAUACGUUGGAUUUUCACCAUUUUCUGGAAUGCCGAAGGAAGCAUAAGGACGCCAAAAGAAAAGUGAAAGCAAACCAAUAAAUCUUCUUUUACUGAUGAGAAGCGUGUCAUGUUUCUUCCUUGAAGAAGUUGCAAACCAAUGUUACUUUGGAAAUCCUUUCCAAGAUCUAAUAGGAAAAACUUUUGGCCAAAACUGUCAGCCUGUGUUUCUGAAUAGGAAUACGUGUCCUGUGUCAAUUCAAGAGGGAGAGGACGAGCGCCUGGAGAAGGUCGCGGUGUUCCUGCACGGGGACUCAUCGCAGACCAGAACCAUGGCAGAAGGGAAGCAGGAGGCCUCUGAUGCCAGGGAGCCAGCAUGCCUGCUGUGCCGCCGCGCAGAGGCUGACCCGGACAUCUGCGGCGACAAACAGGAGAAGCACGGGCUCUGUGCCCACAUCUUCUGCCUGAAUUUCGCCAGCCUCAUUUUUCGACAAGACGAUGAUCAGACCGGAUUCACGGGCUAUCGCCCUCGCGAUAUCCAACUUGCAGUCAGCCGGGCAGCUCAGGAGCACUGCUGCGUCUGUGGGGAGACUGGGGCCACCAUCAUGUGCUGUCAGGAAGACUGCGACAGAUGGUUCCACCUGCCCUGUGCCAAGGAGGGUCACUGUGUGACUCAGUACAUAACCCCAUACAGGUCCUUCUGCCCUGAGCACUGCCCAGAACAGGAUGUGAGGGCGAUUCCGGAGCCAGGCACCGAAUGCCCCAUCUGCAUGGAGCCUGUGGAGGAGAGAAAGAGCUACACAACACUGGUGUGCCCAGCGUGCAAAAAGGCCUGGUUCCACAGGGACUGCAUCCAGGGACAGGCCUUGCGCGCUGGUGCAUUGUACUUCCAGUGCCCCCUCUGCAGAGACGAUGAUGAGUUUGCUGUCCAAAUGUUCGUCAUGGGGAUCCGAAUCCCCUUCAGACAGCCAACAUGGGAGGACAACGAUGCCUUUGCAGAAUUAGGAGAGAGGCACAGCUGGUGCAAUGCCAGGAAGUGCCUUUAUCCAGGAGGCAGGGAGGAGGCAGAGGAAGAGGGGCCCUGGGAACUGCUCCUGUGCUCCUCCUGUGCUGCUGAGGGCACCCACAGGCGCUGCUCUGGCCUCACAAGCAACACUCCCAGCUGGGAGUGCGACAGCUGUGCUGGUCUGGGCACAGCCCCCAGGGAUGAGCCGGAGCUCAAUGCCCCCAGGGAUGAGCCUGAGCUCAAUGCCCCCAGGGAUGAGCCGGAGCUCAAUGUCCCCAGCCUGGCCGGACAAGACCAGCAAACACAGCAGCGUCCAACAUGCACCAAUGAGGCAGCUGCUGCAAUCUUCCUCGCUGGAGAGCAGCAGCCCCUGCACGGAGAGUGA